AUGUCGAAGUAGUCCGUUAUCAGAAAUGCAGAAAUGACCAGUGUUGUAAUCUUGAAGAAAAUGGUUCAUGUUGUUUUGAUCCACUUGUGUUUGUGGCAUCUAGUCGGUGUGUUUGCUAAUUUAGAUGCAGCGGAGUCAGUGACAGAGGGAGAUUCAGUCACUCUAUACUCUGGUCUCACUGAAAUAAUGGAUGAUGAUCUGAUUUUGUGGAAGUUUGGAUCUGAAAACAUUUUAAUAGCUAAAAUAAAUGUAAUGACCAGCAGGAUCACUGUAUAUGAUGAUGUUCUUGAUGGGAGAUUCAGAGACAGACUGAAGCUGGAUCAUCAAACUGGAUCUCUGAUCAUCUCAAACACCAGAACUGAACACACUGGACUCUAUCAACUACAGAGCAACAGUGUGAGAAAGAGAUUCAGUCUCACUGUCUAUGCUCGUCUGCCUGUUCCUGACAUCAGCAGAGACUCUUCACAAUGUUCAUCAUCAUCAUCAUCAUCUUCAUCUUCAUCACAGCAGAAUUGUUCAUUGUUGUGUUCAGUGGUGAAUGUGGGUCAUGUGACUCUCUGCUGGUACAAAGGAAACAGUUUAUUGUCCAGCAUCAGUGUGUCUGAUCUCAGCAUCAGUCUCUCUCUACCUCUGGAGGUGGAAUAUCAGGAUAAAAACAGCUACAGCUGUGUGAUCAACAAUCCCAUCAGAAACCAGACCACACAUCUGGACAUCACUCAACUCUGUCAACCAUGUUCAGCUGUUACAGAAAAGUCUCCUUCAUAUCCUCCAGAUUCAGUGUCUCGGAUAGUGCUGGUUUCUGCUGUUGCUGGAUCUCUGUUGAUUGUAGUUGCAAUUGGGAUCUUCUGCAUCUGCAAGAAAAAUAGACAAACUGACCAAGAAGAAUGUUAAAGAGGAUGAUGUGGUGUGUGCAGGGGUUGUCACUAGAAGAUAAUCAUACUUCUUUACACUGAAUCCAGCUGUGAGAUCUUAAAACAGCAAACCAUUUUUCAGUCUUUUAUUUUUGCCCUGUAUGUCUAAGAAAUAUCUGUGCCAUAUGCAAGUAAAAUGUUGACUGGUAACUUUAUGAAUUCUAGCAAUGCAUCAUUGUAAGAACACAAUAUGAAGCCGUGGCCAUCAGUUGUAAUAUGUUAUUUUUUUCUGCAUGUUUAGAUUGAAGCGCGGCACUAUGGUUAUGGUUUGCCUCACUCUCACACACAAACAAAGUCAUUUACAGGAGAAAAGCAAAAAGAGCGCUAAAAGUCAGGCCACUAUUCCUAAAUCACUCUGAACACAAUUUGUCCAAUUGUUUUCACUAAAUAUCUAUACGAACACAGUUAAAAAAAAAAAAAA